CCUAUAGAUGCUUGCUGCUGGUCACUGAAUUGAAACGCUGCACGCUUAUUCCCUCGCAACCAGCAUCUUCGCUUUGGCUGGAUAAAUAUUAGGCUAAAUUCAUUCAGUGUUGGUGUUAUCAUAGGGGAGGAAGGCAAACAACAUGACCAUCAGAAAUGUACGGGAUCAUGGACAGAGGUUCCGACCGAGGAUGGCAUGUCUCAAAAAGGUAGGUUAGCCUUAUCAGAGAUGAUGAUACUGUUAUGCUACACACCGCAGACGCAAACACCUAGGCUGUCUUGCUAUAUUUAGUUCUUCAAAUAAAUAUCGGCUAUUCGUUCUUAAUUCACUGGGCACCCACUGGGCAAAAACUGGUUGAAUCAACGUUGUUUCAACGUAAGUUCAACCCCCAAAAUCAAUGUGAUGACGUUAAUCAACGUGGGAAACUAAUUGGAUUUGCAAAAAAGUCAUCAAUGUAGGGGAAUUUCGUAUUUUUUUCCGCCCAACUUUUACCAUAAAUCCAAUGGCAUGGUGACGUUGUUUGUUGAUUUCACGUCCAAUUCACGUUAGUUGACAACUCAACCAAAUGUAAAUAUAAACUAGACGUUGAACUGGGCAGUAAUGUUUUUCUGUUAUUAUUCUAUCAAUGUCUGUGAACCCAAUGCACCUAGGCCUAUAUGAUGAAAAUACAUACACAUAUAUUUUCACAACAUGCGAUUUUCUCUUACAAUAGCCAAUUUGAAACUCAGUUAUCAGAAAACAUAAUUCCCUAUAUUUACACAACCAGCUAAAUAAGACCUGCCAUGUAUAGUUGUUUCACAGGUGUUAAGAAGACUGCAAGAUAUCUAAAGCUACGCAGUAAAAUGAGAGCGAGACCAUCUAUUCUCAGUGUUAAAAUACAGUACUUUGGUGAACAGCCUUUCAUUUACUGGUGUCUUUAUUUUGGCUUUGAUUGACACGGUGUUCUCUUUAGCAUUGUAUCGCUACUCAUUGAUGCGGAUCAGCAUUAGUCUGAUCAGUAUUAACAGCACCACCAUCAGCCAGUUAAUCCAGACAGUAGCGGUAUGAAGAGGACAGAUCCUAGUGCUUUUCCAGCUGGGACUGUCUGUGCUUGUUGUACCUGCUUCUGUUACCAACAGGGUACAAAAACUGGGUUCUCGAUGUAACUCAAGACUGUGAAGCCUCAACCUAUUUACAAGCUCUGUUUGGCCCAGAGACAGUUACUGUCUGGAGGGUGCUGAGAGUCCACUGUGGUCGGCUGAGGCUAGCUGUAUGGUGUAACUGUCACAUGACAUCAAAGCCUCAGACAGACACCAAUCUGGCAGAAAGCCCCUUCAUAUCAGUCAGAGACAGGCCAGGGCAGGCUUGUUCAAAACAAGACUGGGAUAUAGCUCUACACUGCAAGACUGACUGAGACACACUGGCAGGUGGGGUUCAAAACAGGCAGACAGACAGACAGAACAGUACUGGCUGAAACACACUGGUUCUCCAAACAUUAGGAGGAACACAGUCCCUCCUCCACAUAGCUUGUUUAUGCUUGUUUGUGUUCCCUGUCUCCUUCCUCACUGUCCUCCCAAUAACCUGUCUCAGAACCACAAUGCAUAGACACCCUAUUAUUUAAUAGUACUAUUAUGUAAUUAUAUGGAUGUAUGGCUCUGACCUGUCUCGUUGUCAUAGUAACCCGUGGACUGCCUGUCCUACUGUCAUGGUAACCUAUUGUUUUGACAACCCGUUGCCUCUGUGACCUGCCUCUGUAGUGGUGUACGCCGUAGUGAUCUGUUGUCUUUACGACCUGUUGUCCUGUUGUCUGCCAGGUGGAUGCUGUGAUGUUGGAGAUGCAGGAUCCAAAGACUGGAGUCAAGUCACAACCCCAGAAACUGGUUAUCACAACCAUACCACACGCUAUCACAGGUAAACACACACACAAAGAAGCACACAGAAAAACACACUCAGUGGAUUGAUAGUGGUUGCCGUAUGUUAGGUAACUCCUACAGACCCCAGAGCUUUUUUUCCCAUGUCUUGAGCUCAAGAUUCUAUCUCCAUGACAACCUCUGACUGAGAGGGAGAGAGAGGGGCAACAGAGGGAGGGAGAGAGAGUAGGAGGGAGAGAAGGAAGGAUAGAGCGAGAGAAGGAUGGAGAGAGAGAGAUGGAGGGAGAGAGAGAAUAGAGUGUGAAGAAGGGAGAGAGAAGGAAGAAGAGAUAGAGAUUGAUAAAGAACCUAUACUCUUGAGUUUUAAUGACACCACUUCAGCCUGGUCCAUUUAACAGAACAGACUGGAAUAGAGUAUAACUUCCAGUAUUCCUUAGGGAAAUUUGGUUAGCAAAAUAAAAGCUCUCUUCCCCUCUCAGUCUAUAUUGACUGUCUCAGCAGUAGUUUCUCUCAGAGGGAGGCCUCUGGCAUUUACAGACUCCACAUGUAAUGUCCUGUGGGCAGAGUCUCUCUACUAUCUAUUUUUCUCUCUCUCUCUCUCUCUCUCUCUCUCUCUCUCUCUCUCUCUCUCUCUCUCUCUCUCUCUCUCUCUCUCUCUCUCUGUCUCUGUCUCUGUCUCUGUCUGUCUCUGUCUCUCUGUGUCUCUAUCUCUCUCUGUCGCUCUAAUAUCCUCCUCUCCUCCCUCCUCUCCCCCCCCUCUCCCCCCCCACCCCUCUCUCUCCCCCCCCCUCUCUCUCCCCCCCCCUCUCUCUCUCCCCCCCCCUCUCUCUCCCCUCCCCUCUCUCUCUCCCCCCCACCCCUCUCUCCCCCCCACCCCUCUCUCUCUCUCCCCACCCCUCUCUCUCUACCCCCCCUCUCUCUCCCCCCACCCCUCUCUCUCCCCCCUCUCUCUCUCUCUCCCCCCACCCCUCUCGUCUCUCCCCCCCCCUCCUCCCCCCCCCCCCUCUCUCUCUCCUCUACUCUCCACACCCUCUUUAUAUUACAGAGUAAAUUCAAUGAAAGAGUGUCCAUCUGAUGUCAUACAUGUGAUGUCAUAUCUCUAUAAUAGUUGUGAUGUUUGUUGUAACCUUCUCCAGGUGAGGACGUCGUGGCAUGGCUAGCCAACCGUUACGCUAUAGAGGCAGAAGGUAAGAGUGCUUUCUUCUCAGACAUACACAGAACGUUCUUGUAUUACGGUUCUCUUUCUCUUUCAUAUUCUCCCUCUCCACCCCUCUCUCUCGCUCCUUCUCUCCCUCUCCCCCCCCCCUCUCUCUUUCUCUGUCUGUGUAGAGGCGUGGGCUCUGGGCACCAUGUUGGUGGCGUUUGGGUACAUCUACCCCCUCCAGGAUCAUAAACGACUAGUCAUUAAACCAGACACAACCCUCUACCGCUUUCAGGUAACCAUGACAACACUUUAUAAACCUUAACCUUAACCAACCCCAUACGCCUAACUCUAUGCCAAACCUCUGUGCUUUUUGUCUUCUCUCAGACACCAUACUUUUGGCCGGCCCAGCAGUGGCCUGUAGAGGACACAGACUAUGGUGAGAUACACACAACGAGACAAACAUAGUUAAAGGUGCACCAUGCAGAAAUCUCUCCGCAAUUUCCUGGUUGCUAAAAUUCUAAUACUUUGCCUAAUUUCAGUUUAUGUGACAAAAAAAGCAAGUAUAGUGUAGAGAAUCAUUGUACCAUCUAAACCGCUGUGAAACAUAUUUUCCAUGAACAAAAAGAUUGCAUUUUCUGCUUUUUGAAGCUGGUGUACAAAACCGAAAGUAAAAGACGCAAAAACUAAAGUAUAAAGUAUAGAAAUAGCGCACAUAGAACAGUCCAAACACACCAAGACAGUCGUGAAGAGGGCACGACAAAGCUUAUUCCCCAUCAGAAGACUGAAAAGAUUUGGCAUGGGUCUUCAGAUACUCAAAAAGUUCUACAGCUGCACCAUCGAGAGCAUCCUGACUGGUUGCAUCACCACCUGGUAUGGCAACUGUUCGGCCUCCGACCGCAAGGCACUACAGAGGGUAGUGCGUACGGCCCAGUACAUCACUGGGGCCAAGCUUCCUGCCAUCCAGGACCUCUAUACCAGGCGGUGUCAGAGGAAGGCCCUAACAAUUGUCAAAGACUCCUGCCACCCUAGCCAUAGACUGUUCUCUCUGCUACCGCACGGCAAGCGGUACCGGAGCGCCAAGUCUAGGUCCAAAAGGCUUCUUAACAGCUUCUACCCCCAAGCCAUAAGACUCCUGAACAGCUAAUCAUGGCUACCCGGACUAUUUGCUUUGUCCCCCCCCACCCCACCCCCUCUUUUACGCUGCUGCUACUCUGUUUAUUAUCUAUGCAUAGUCACUUUAACUCUACCCACAUGUACAUAUUACCUCAAUUACCUCGACUAACCGGUGCCCCCGCACAUUGACUCUGUACGGGUACCCGCUGUAUAUAGCAUCCCUACUGUUAUUUUAUUUUACUGCUGCUCUUUAAUUAUUUUUUACUCAUCUAUUUUUUACUUAACACUUAUUUUUCUUAAAACUGCAUUGUUGGUUAAGGGCUUGUAAGUAAGCAUUUCACUGUAAGGUCUACACCUGUUGUAUUCGGGGGGCAUGUGGCAAAUACGAUUUGAUUUGAUCUACAGCUUCUUAGACUUGCUUUCAAUGAGAACAGAUCUAUAACUAAUAUUUCUAUGUGAAUUUGGUCGGGUCGGCCAAAAAGUUUUAAAGCUUUCUUUAUUGUUAGGUCACCUACAUUGUGGACAUAUUAGUGUGUUGCUCCUCCAUCACUCGGUCGCGUCGUUGCCAUUUUUAUCAAUGUUCUCAAAUCAAAUCAAAUCAAAUUUUAUUGGUCACAUGCGCCGAAUACAACAGGUGCAGACAUUACAGUGAAAUGCUUACUUACAGCCCUUAACCAACAGUGCAUUUAUUUUAAACAAAAAAAGUAAGAAUAAAACAACAACAAAAAAAGUGUUGAGAAAAAAAGAGCAGAAGUAAAAUAAAGUGACAGUAGGGAGGCUAUAUAUACAGUAAAAUAAAGUGACAGUAGGGAGGCUAUAUAUACAGGGGGGUACCGUUGCAGAGUCAAUGUGCGGGGGCACCGGCUAGUUGAGGUAGUUGAGGUAAUAUGUACAAUGUUCUACAGCCAUAUUGAUGCUCAAAAGUAGAACAGGGGCAAAUUUUUUACAUUUUACAUUUUAGUCAUUUAGCAGACGCUCUUAUCCAGAGCGACUUACAGUUAGUGAGUGCAUACAUUAUUUUUAUUUUAUUUUAUUUUUCAUGCUGGCCCCCCAUGGGAAUCGAACCCACAACCCUGGCGUUGAAAAUGCCAUGCUCUACCAACUAAGCUACCUAAUGACUCUAAACCAGGGCUAAUGACUGUUUAGUCCAAAUUACACUAGAGGAGCUUGGGAAUACGAUGACGUAGGUACAUAUUUAGUAGGAACCAACUUUGCCAUCAUCAUGUUGUCAAAUUUACUUUAGACAGAUGGCAAUGUUGUCAUUAGCUAGCAAAGUUAAUCAAAAAUAGCUAGCAGUGCUAACGUUAGCUAGCUAAAAUCAAUCUAACUAACGUUAUACUGCAACUAAAGUCAAUCUGGCGACAUGACAAUUAUGACAAAAGGUUUUCCUAAUAAUUAUUUGCCUUCUUUAGAAAUAUCAUCGUGUUUUCAAGCCACAGUACUGCACUUUAGACUAAAUCUUUAUCAGCGCCCAGUGAGGAUGCAUUGAGUAGAAUGCUCAGUUGGGCAUCAGUCCUAAAACGAAAGUUCAAAACAAUAUUGUGACGCGACGUGCAACCCAUGAAUACGUUUUAAGUAAAAAAACAACUAAUAAAAUCAUGUUUAUUUUUUCAGCAAUCUACCUGGCCAAGAGAAACAUCCGCAAGAAAGGAGUACUGGAGAUCCAUGAACAGGUGAGAGACAUUCAAACACACAUGCAGGCACACAUCUGUCUAAUCAGUGAACGUGGUAACGCACACAUCUGUCUAAUCAGUGAACAUGGUAACACACACAUCUGUCUAAUCAGUGAACGUGGUAACACACACAUCUGUCUAAUCAGUGAACGUGGUAACGCACACAUCUGUCUAAUCAGUGAACAUGGUAACACACACAUCUGUCUAAUCAGUGAACGUGGUAACACACACAUCUGUCUAAUCAGUGAACGUGGUAACACACACAUCUGUCUAAUCAGUGAACGUGGUAACACACACAUCUGUCUAAUCAGUGAACGUGGUAACACACACAUCUGUCUAAUCAGUGAACGUGGUAACGCACACAUCUGUCUAAUCAGUGAACGUGGUAACACACACAUCUGUCUAAUCAGUGAACGUGGUAACAGACACAUCUGUCUAAUCAGUGAACGUGGUAACACACACAUCUGUCUAAUCAGUGAACGUGGUAACAGACACAUCUGUCUAAUCAGUGAACGUGGUAACACACAUCUGUCUAUAAUCAGUGAACGUGGUAACAGACAUCUGUCUUUCCUCUUCAGGAGCAGUAUAACAGCCUUCACAAGUGGAUGAACCAUAAAUGGGACUUCAUUGUGAUGCAGGCUAAAGAACAGUACAGGUUUGUCUGGCAGAAACAGACUACACUAACAUCCAUUCACCCACAGACUGUUUACAUGGGAAUUGUUUAUCAGGCCUCUAACUCACAGCUGUGCGAGUUAACUAACAGCUGUAUGGCACGUGUGUGUGUGUGUGUGUGUGUGUGUGUUUGUGCAGGGCGGGGAAGGAGAGAAAGAAGCCGGAUCGUGCGGUGUUUGACUGUCAGGAGAGAGCAUACUGGGUUGUACACAGACCUCCGGUGAGACACACACGCACACACAUGCACACACACACACGCACACACACACACACAUGCACACACACACUGCAUCAAACUUGUCUUCUGUAUGGUGAAUAUACCUACAUCAGUGGUCACCAACCGGUCAAUCGCGAUCGACUGGACGAUCUCCAAAGCAUCCCUAGUCGAUCACCAAACAUUUCUGUAAAAAACCCAACGAUAAAGCCUUGUGUUUUUAAAAAUUUCGUUAUGCGCUGUUGGCGGUACGUGCACUUGAUUCAGCAGCCCUAGCGCAUGUAUCUGAAGGUAGAACUCUGCCGACUCCCUCCCUCUCCUCAGACUGACCAUCAGAUGCAGGCCAUCAGUCCAGUAAAAAAAAAAAAAUACAACAAAUGAUCUAUUGGUUGAAUGCAUUCAGUUAUGCAAAUGACUAGGUUUCCCUUUUCUCCUUUCAUAUAGCUAAAAGUUUGAAAUAUAAUUUCUAAAUGGUCUGAGAAGAUCAUUGGCAGUGCAAUUCAAGCAAAGCCAAUAUGCAGUGAUAAUGUAUUGGGCCUAUAGCCUACUGAACAAACCUAAUUGUUAUAAAACUGUUUUAAAUUGGUUAAUGUUGCAUAGGCUUACAUUUUUUGAAGUCAUGUUUUUUAUUUUUUUAUCGGAGCGGUUAUAUUUCAGUCCUCUGUGAUGUAUAUAAAGUGUAAUAUUGGGAUGCAAACUCAAAAUGGAAUACAUUUCAACUCUAUAUCUGACAUGGUGCAGCUGUCUUCUUUUCUUUAAGCCCAUAACCAUGUGUGUGAGGUGUAUACAUUUGUAUCAAAGCAGAUUUCUUUAAGACUACCAAGAAACACUCUGUGUGACCCUGAUUUAGCCCAUUGCAGUAAAAGGUUAAUCCUGUCUUCAAACUAAACGUAUCAGGCAGUAAAGAUGAUCAGCUCUGUUAUCAGACACUAUUCUGCUGACAGGUGAAUAUAUCGCUGGGUGAGAUGAUGUGUGUCUCUGCAGGUAGGAGCUUUGGCCUUUACCUCUGUCUAGACAGACAGGCUGCUAAUGAGGAAUCAUGGGUAGAGAAUGAAGCAUGCUGGGUAUUCUCAUUGGGGGCGUAGGGGUAGGGGGCCUAGCUAAUUUCUCAGUCUUAUACCAAUCAACAAAACAACACAACAUGCUAUCAAAUCAUAUUAUCAUACCGUGCAAAUUACCAUUUUUUUUGUCUGGCUGUCUGUCUGUAGCCAGGGACCGUCAGUGCAAUGGAUUACGGACUGGAACGCAUGGUAGACCCCAAUGCAGAGGAGGUAACAGGUCAGUCCCACGUGUGUGUGUGUGUGUGCGCGCGCAGAUUAGCUUAGCUUGCUUAUGCUGAGGGUGUAUUGUAGUUACAGUUUCGGGUCAUUGUCUGUGACCUAGCAAGGCUCUAUUCAAGCUGCUUAUAUUUGAUAAGAGGAUUUAAACUGUGGUAAUCUUCAUUAGAUAGAGGUACACACCCUUCUACCUGCCCCCACAUUACACCUGGACUCUCUGUCAACCAAUCACAUCACACCUGUCCACUCUGUUAGCCAAUCCAGUCUCAGACUUCAACUGAAGAUAUUGCAGAUUGCACCUUUCAUUUGAUUUCUAUUUGAAUGAAUUGACAGGAUAUUUCUCUUCUCUUUUCUCUCUGCAGGUUCUCUUCUCUUUUACUGUUUCGACUUUGAAGAGUACUUUCGCCUGCACACACACACUUACACAAACACGCAGACACACACACACACACACAAACAUACACACACACAUGCACAAACACACACACACACACACACACACACACACACACACACACACACACACAAACAAACGAUUUAAGUGUAGCAAUAAAUACUACAUUAUUACUUUAUGUCUGACAGAACAAAGUUGACUGUAGCUGGCCAUUCUGCUUUGAUAUAACCAAAUCAUUGUUUUAUUUUCCAGAAAGCAACUUCAGACUUCUUCAGAAGAAUUGUUAGUAACAACAUUUAAUAUCCUAACAUAAUUAGCAUAUGAAAUGUAUCCCACUUUACAUAUGACCAGCUCCUCCUUUCUUUUGUCUGUGUUGAUGACCACUUCCUUUUUCCUGUUUCCUGUAGAUGAUUUUUACCCAGCAGUCCAUCAUGAGGCCGAGGGUCAAGUCGUCUGUGUCUAUCGGAGCGUACGUCACUCUAGUUUACAUUUCAUCACGUCUGACACACCCAGGGUUAAAAGCUGAACUCAUUUACUAGGGCACCGUGUCGUAAUAAAUGGUCAAAACAUCUGUAUCACUAGGUGCUAAAAAGCAUCAUUCUCCAACGUAGUUGUUGUUGUUGUUUGUGUUCUCUCUUACUUCUCCAGUCUGGUGAAAUACUCCGUCACCUGUAGUAAGCACGACCCUUUCCUAGCCCCCUGUCUCCCUAGCAACCCCUGGGUCACUGAUGAUGUCACCUACUGGUUGCUCAACAUGGCCAAGUGAGUCUGAUCCCCAACUGUUCAGCUUACUAUUCCUGUCCUACCAGUUGUUGUAGAAUGUAUUAUUUUAACUUCUACAAUAUCAAUACGUGGACGUGUGUGUGUGUGUGUGUGUGUGUGUGUGUGUGUGUGUGUGUGUGUCUGUCAGUGUGGAAAUUCCUACUAAGAUGCGUGUGGAGAGGUGGACCUUCAGUUUCGGGGAGCUGCUCUCUGAUCCUCGAGGCAGAGAUGACUUCAGACUCUUCCUCAAGAAGGAGUUCAGCGGUACGUUGGAUUACGUUAUAACAACAUUGGGAAAACAUUACAACAAUGGUAUUAUGUCUUGGUCCAGGUCUCUCUUGAAAAAUAGAUUUUUAUCUCAACGAGACUAACCUGGUUUAAUAAAUGUUAAAUAAACAAAUAAUAGAUGAUUCUAGGCAGUCACAUACCAGUCCCUUUUACACCCAACAGUCUGGCUCUUCUUAAGGGGCAUUUACUUGUUCUAUUUGGGGUUCAUAUUAUAAAAGUAAAGUUUGAUUGGUUGACUGAUUGAUUGAUUGACAGGUGAGAACCUGGCGUUCUGGGAGGCUUGUGAGGAUCUGAAGUGGGGAACGGCCGCUACCAUGAACGACAAGGCCCAGCAGGUCUACAAGUAAGACGCACUCACGUACAUACACACACGCUCACACACACACACACACACACACACACACACACACACACACACACACAGACACUAACCAUGUCUCUGGUCAGGACUUUCUUGGCGCGUGGCGCCCCCCGGUGGAUCAACAUUGACGGGAAGACCAUGGAAGUGACGGUUAAAGGGCUGAAACACCCUCACAGAUACGUACUGGACGCAGCUCAGACACACAUCUUCAUGCUGAUGAAGAAGGUCAGUUUCACCGCAUUAAGACCACUGGCCCUCUGCCUGCUGUAACUGGAGAAAUCAAACACAAAAUGGCUGCCAUGAUGUAACAUUCCUGACUAACUUAUUUUGGAGUAAAACUUUCAAUACACGUACAGGAGGUAUCUAAGUGUGUGUUGUAGGACUCUUAUGGGCGGUACCUGAAGUCUCCAGUGUUUAAGGACACUCAGAAGAGGGCCAUCGGUCCUGAUCAGCACAUGUUCAGGUCAGUGCUGUGUGUCAGUACAGUGGAGCAUAUUGUCUACUGUCAUACCUGUCUUCCUCAACGCAGAGCUAGAAAGAGGGUGUAAUUGUAAAGACAUUCUCCUCCCUUCUCCAGUGUGUCCCAGUUGGAGGCCAACGCGAGGAAGCGUCGUCCCAGCAUCAGUCCCAUCGUCGUCCGCCAGCAGGAGAAGGAGGAGAGAGCCAGGAUGGCCACCAGUGGACCUGUGGACAUCACACAGGUCAUGAGCAAACUCAGCAACAAGGGCAAGGAGGUGCCCCCACCCAAAAAAUAGACCACAGACAUACUCGCAUGCAUUGACAUAAAUACACACACUUCUAGAAGCACAACCACACACACACACACACACACACAUAGGCUACACACCCGGUGAAAACUAAGCAAAGUUGUUGCUACCUUUUAAAUAUAGUUUAGAGGACAGCAGUGCUGACAAAUAGUGAAGAUUUGAAAUUAAAUGUGCAAUUUUGAAUUUCUAUGAACUGUAAACUAGAAGAACAGUAAUGUCUAACUUUCAGUCUAACACAGUACUACCACAGACCGUUAAAUGUAAAGUUAUUAAGUGUUUUCUGUUCACAUUAUUCUAGAAAAUCAUAGUAAACGUCAUAGUUGAUAGUGUUUUAGUUUUGAUGGUAUGUUCACCUGUGUCUCACCGGUAUCUGUGUCUCUCACCUGUCUUUCAAUGUCAUCAGCUUCAUGUUCCACCCAUAGGGACAUUUAUGUGUCGUUCCACCAAUAGAGUGCCUUUUAUAUCCCUCAGACAUUUAUGUGUGUACAUAAACCAUCUUAAACUAUGCCAAUAGCAAUGUUUUCUCAUUAAAAUAAAUUGUGUUUUCACUGAAAAUCCCAAUUUUGGCAUGUCCCAGGUCAUGUUUGUCCAACUUCUAGGAAGAUUUUAACCCACUUAACCCCAAGAUCUUCCCGACGUUUUCACCAUCAGUCCUAGUUCUUUUGUUUCUUUGGGAAAUAUCUUAUUUAAUGUGAUUAGUGAUUAAUUUACCUUUUUGAAGGGUUUAUUUCCAAAACGCUAUAUCCACAAAUGUUUCACAUGUUGUGGUUUUUUUCAUCAGAAAUGGUUGCUUAUGGGAGCCUUCGUGUGUGUACAAUAUUACUGUUAUAACAUGUUUAAUUAAUAGAUUUUAGAUGCGAAACAAAAUAAAUGUUUUGCCAUACGCUAUAUAUCCAUUAUUUAGCUGGAAUGGAAUGUUCGUAUCCUGUAUUUGACUGUGAUAGGUGGUUCUCACCUAGUUAUCUUAAGAUAAAUGGACUAACUGUCAAUCGCUCUGAAUGUCAAAUGUAAAUGUUUUACAUACAGAUCUCAUAUUACUGCAUUGAAUAAUUUGUAAAUGUAAAAAAAAAAGAGUCACAAAUGUAUCAUUUGUACAGUUAUUUAUAAAAAAAAAUGUCGUUAUUUAUAACAUUUGACUGUGUAAAACCUAGCAGUACUAAUUUUUCUGAGGGUGAGGCGGAUGUAUAGCGUUUAGCAAAAACAUGAUUAUUUAUUUCUCUGAAAUGAAACCAUCAAGUGAUAGAUUUUAAACAAAUACAUGUCUGUCAUUGAACAACACCAUGCCAUGAUUAGAUAGUGGAAAAAACACACCAAUCUCUUUCAUAAGUUCUUUAAACAAUAAAAGCUAAUUUACCAACAUUUCUGUUAUGGAUAUAUAUAGCGUUUUGGAAAUAAACUCUUAAUUUGUCCCUCAGGUUUAACCCUGUAACGUGAACUCAACUCUUGUGUUAAUAUGUUAAAACUAUUCUUUUUUUUAAAGAAACAUUUAACAUCUAAUAGUCAAAUCAUAGUGUAAAAGCAGGUGAGCUGGCUCUGCUCUUUCUGGCCAUUGUCUGGUGUUUUGUGGUGGAAAAAUGAGAACAUCGAGCAUAACAUGUCAACCCUGUUACCCAUAGAUACCCUUUGUCAUGUAGUGUAUGUGGACACCUCGUCGAACAUCUUAUUGCUGCUAUAACAGCCUCCACUCGGUAAGGCUUUCCACUAGAUGUUGGAACAUUGCUGCGGGGACUUGCUUCCAUUCAGCCACAAGAGCAUUAGUGAGGUCGGGCACUGAUGUUGGGCGAUUAGGCCUGGCUCGCAGUUGGCGUUCCAAUUCAUCCCAAAGAUGUUCGAUGGGGUUGAGAUCAGGGCUCAGUGCAGGCCAGUCAAGUUCUUCCACACCGAUCUCGACGAACCAUUUCUGUAUGGACCUCGCUUUGUGCACGGGGGCAUUGUCAUGCUGAAACAGGAAAGGGCCUUCCCCAAACUGUUGCCACAAAGUUGGAAGCACAUAAUCGUCUAGAAUGCCAUUGUAUGCUGUAGCGUUAAGAUUUCCCUUCACUGGAACUAAGGGGCCUAGCCCGAACCAUGAAAAACAGCCCCAGACCAUUAUUCCUCCUCCACCAAACUUUACAGUUGGCACUAUGCAUUCGGGCAGGUAGCGUUCUCCUGACAUCCUUCAAACCCAGAUUCGUCCGUUGGACUGCCAGAUGGUGAAGCGUGAUUCAUCACUCCACAGAACGCGUUUCCACUGCUCCAGAGUCCAAUGGCGGUGAGCUUUAAACCACUCCAGCCGAUGCUUGGCAUUGCGCAUGGUGAUCUUAAAAUUUGUCUGACAAUUUGACGAACUGACUUGUUGGAAAGGUGGCAUUCUAUGACGGUGUCACGUUGAAAGUCACUGAGCUCUUCAGUAAGGCCAUUCUACUGCCAAUGUUUGUCUAUGGAGAUUGCAUGGCUGUGUGCUCAAUUUUAUACACCUGUCAGCAACGGGUGUGGCUGAAAUAGCCAAAUCCACGAAUUUGAAGGGGUGUCCACAUACUUUUGUAUAUAUGGCGUAGAUAGGCUAGAAAUGCUUUAACAAGUUUACAUUUUUUUGUGAAGCUUGCAUUCAAUUGUUCCUCCCUGUUGCACACAGCGAGCGUCCAUUCCCCCUGUAACAAUGGGAGUUAUGGCUGAUUUAAGAUGAAAUCGUCAACUAUGUUACAGUCAACCCUGUCAAUAGUCACUUUUAUAGUAAUGUUUCUUAGUCUGACCUCUUGAGAUGUAACAUGUUUAUUACGAAGUUGAACGUGUGCUAUUAACGAUAGAAUGUUCAAAUUUGGUGGAAUAAAAAUGAAGAAAGAAAGCCUUUACCCUAAAGCCACUCUAUUUGUGGAAUGACACACAUGUUGUAUGUCAUUACUGUAACCUACACCAUCUAUCCAAUAAAGCAUCUAUAACCAGCCAUAUCGUUCUGUCUUCUCAUCUUCACUGUGUCAUCUAGUCACUGUCCAUUGGACCAUAAUGCCAUAACAGAACUCACAGAUAACUCAGUCAUUCCUGUCCUAGGGCCAGACCCAAUCCAUGCUCCCUUCAUCUACAGUAUACCAGUGUUCAGCAUUUACCCAUCAUUUUUACCAUUCCAUCCCUGUGUGCGAUGUAUUAGUAUAACCUCUCAGUGACCUUUCCCCCCUGACCCUAUAUCUGACCUCUGACCUCUAACCCCUACAGCUGUGUCGCUUUACAGCGCCCGUCCCCCACCUCGCGGUCUACUCUGGCCCACCCUCUUCCUCCCCCGCCUCACCCCCUUGCUCCCUCCGUCUCCCCCACACCCCCGCCUGCCCUUCACCCAUCAGCGUAACCAUAGACAGCACCCCCGCCUCAGAACGCAGGUGGGAGGAAGGAGGACGAGGUGGGGUGGAGGGGGGAGAGGCGGGCCCUGGAGGCUGGGGGACAGCUGUCUCUUCUCGUUCACGUAUGGCUCUCUCAUUGGGCCGUCUGUUGAGGCGGGGCUGUACUUCCUCCACGGUAUUCGCCAGCCUGUCACCCAAAUGUCCCGCCCCUGCCGGGACCAGCAGCCGCGUUCAGCCUAUCGGCACGGAACAGCCCAGCCAAGCCCCGCCCAGACGCAUUGCCAAGUGAGUGACAGAGAGUAAGCUCACACACCUUAAAGCAUCCUCAUCCCUUCAUUCCCUCCUCAUCCCUCUUUCCUCUCCUCCUUCCUCCAGUUUUUUCCAGAUCAAGGUGGACAUCCCUCCAGAGUGUCGUAUCUACCCCAUCGACUCCGAGGAUGAGGAGGAGAGUGGGGGGGCGUCAAGAAAGGGAGGAGGUGGAGGAGGGCAGGUGAAAGAGAUCAUCUGUCCCUGGGAGAGUGUAACACCUCAUGAGGGGGCC